AUGGCCAAGUCCAAGUCCUCUGGCGCUGGUGAUGCUGUGGUUUUCUCGACGUACCAGGGCGAGAAGCAGCUCGCGGAGCUGGUGAAGCUAAUCGACAAAGACCUGUCAGAGCCCUACUCCAUCUUCACGUACCGGUAUUUCCUGUAUAACUGGCCGCAGCUGAGCAUUCUCGCUCGUGUGCAGCAGAAGCUCGUGGGUGUCAUAAUCUGCCGCCAGGAGCCGCUAGGAGCUACGCCUGAGGAGACAGGAGACGAUGGACUCCAUGCACAAGGAGACCCCAAGCGCCGUUGGAGGGGGUACAUCGCCAUGCUGGCCGUGGAGAAACAGUUCCGCCACCGUGGUAUUGGCUCGCAGUUGGCCCAGAAGGCCAUUGAGCGCAUGCGCGACGGCGGCUGCGAGGAGGUGAUGCUGGAGACGGAGAUCGCCAACAAGGGUGCUAUCCGCCUAUAUGAGAACCUGGGCUUUGUGCGUGACGAGCGGUUGGUCAAGUACUAUUUAAACGGGGGUGACGCCUACCGUCUUAAGCUUUGGUUGCAGUAG